AUGAGCGACUUGCAAGCGCUGAUUGGCGCGUUCAGAGCGUCUUAUCAUGGCAGCCAGCAGCCUGCUGUGGAUGUGAAGCAGCUGGUCGCGCAAGCAGACGCGGCUGCGCUGUGCGCUGAGCUGCAGCAGCUGCUGCAGUCGCAGCAAGCCAAGGACGCGCUGUCGCAACUGCUGCGCGCCACGCGCCCCGCUUUGCAAGACCCACCACUAGCCGCGGCCGCCUGCGUGGCCCUGCGCGGCGCAAUUGCUUCGCGGCUGCCGGGCUUGCUGCAUGAGCUCCCCGCGGACCAGGGGCCGCGUGUGAAGGAGCUUGUGCUGGUGGCGAUGGCGGAGCUGGAGCACCUGGCCCCUGCAGACCGCAUGCGCCUCUCCAGCUGCUGCCUGGCCGGCCUUGAGGAGGGCCGCCCCCACGCGGUCGCCGUGCUGGAGCUCCUGCCGCCCUGCCUGCUGCUGAUCCCGCCGGGCGCGGCAGACGGCGCGAGCCAGGGCGGCGAUGGGCGCUGUGUGGCCGAUGCUGUUGAUGGAGGCGACAGCCACCAGGGGACGCCAUCGGCAGAGCCCAGCGCGGCGCACAGAGAUUCAGCACUUCACCGGCUGCUGCACGCGGAAUGGCGCCCUGAUCAGGUCAGUGCGCUGCUGGCUGUGGCGCGCGAGAUCCCCUUGAGUCCCGCACAAGCCAAGGAGGUCAUACGCAAGGCCAUCAGCUGCGCCAGGGCUGCGGAGCUGCAGCAGCUGCCGCCAAUCUUGUACCAGGUGCUGCUGGCGUCGGCCGCAGGCCCGCGCAUCUACGCCCUGGGCAAGGUGGCUGAGCUGUUUGAACAGCUGGCCAGGGCCCGCGGCGGCGGUGCCACUGGCGGAGGGCAGGAUAGGCAAGCAGCCCCGGGAAGCGUCCUGCUGCAGGUCGAGGGCACCGUGCUGAUGCACAUCUCCACUCUCGUGAAGUAUGAUGCAGCCCUGGGCUCAGAGUGGCUGAAGCACUUCAAGGCCGGGGGACUCAGACCUUCGCCAUUCCUGCUGCAGGUUGCCCUGACCAUGUGCGGCGUCGCGCGUCUGGAGGCACCCGUGCUGCAGCUGCUGAAGCGUGCUGCACUGGUCGCAUAUGCCGCAGAGCAGCCGGGAGCCGGCUGCGCCUGGCUGGCGGCGAGCGGCACGAUGACAGGCGUGGAGGACGGCCGGGGCGGCGGGGUGGCGCUGGAGGAAGCUCUGUUGCGGGCGGUCAGGCACAGCCAGUUUGCUGGCGAGCUGGUGGCCCCGGGGGCCCUGGCGCUGGGCCGCCAGCUGCUGGCCUGCCAGGUGGACUCCCCCCUGCACCUGGUGCUGGCCUGUGGUGCGGGCGAAGGGGCCGACACCAGCGGCAGCAAAGACACCGGCAUGGGGGUGGGAGCCGGGCUGCCAGCUCAGGCGUCGCCCGGGACAAGGGCUGUGCGCUUGGGGCUGCUGCUGCUUGGUGCAGUGUUUGAGAACCACCCAGAGGCGAGGGACGAGGUCCUCCGCUCGUGCCAGCUGGGCGCGACCAAGCUGGAGGCCUGCCUGCCGCGCGUGCUGCUGCUCGCGCGCCUCUGCCGCGCCCAGCCGGGCCUGCUGGCGGGCCACAUGCAGCCCCUCAAGGACUGCCUGGGCCAGUUUGCCGCGCUGCCGCCCGCGGCGGCCAUGGCGCUCCUGCGCGCGCUUUGGCCGCUGUGCCGCGUCAGGCGGGAGCUGCAGGACCACGUGAUCAUGCUGCUGCGCAAGGUCAUGUACGGGCGAGACCUCAACAGCAGGGUCGUGGCGAUCCGCGGCUUCAUGUAUCUCAUCCUGGAGCAGCUGAGGGCCGUGCCGGAGCCAAGCCCCGCCACCAACUACGGCAGCCAGGCCAGCGGCAGCCAGGCCUCGCUCAGCCAGAUGUCCGCGCUGUCAUCAGGUGGCGGCGUCAACCUGUUGCAAGAGUUGGCGGGAGUGCUGCGCAGGGCUCUGACGCAGCAGGCCCCAGUGCGCGCGGCGCUCUACUCGGGCCUCUCCCAGGUGCUGUCUGCGGAUCCGCGGUGCCACGAGCUGCUGUCGGAGCUGCUGUACCCCCACAUGCAGCGCUACGUUUCAGAGGGGGACGCGCUGCCGCCGCUCGACCUGGGCAAGUGCACCGCCAGCCAUCAGCUUGGCGUAGAGCCCGCGCUCGUGGAGCCACUGCCGGCGCUUCUGGCCUGCGCCCGGCGCUUGGCGGCGCUGCAGACGCCAGACGGCGGCAGCGAGGGCGGCUGCGGCGCUGACGGGUCCGACGCCACCACCAUGAGCGUUGGAAUGGCGUCUCAGCUGAUGCGCGUUGAGCUGGGCUGUGAAAGCUCAAAGGCGCUGCAGGCCCUUCUCUGCGGGCUGCGGAAGCGGCUGCUGCAGUGUGAGCCGGAGCACUUUGGCCUGGACCGUGGUGCGGAGCUCAAUCCAGCGACACCCGCGGGCGCCCUCAACCAGAUGCACAUAGGCAACCUCCUUGGAGCUGUUGAGGUGGUCAUGGAGGAUAUCGUGGCUGAGUGCCAGCUACUGAACCUGGCCAUAGCACGCGGCCCCGACGCACCCCCGCACGGCGCCGCCCACAGCGCACAGCGCCACGGCCGCGACCUGGCAGAGGCGUACCGCCUGCACUCGCGACUCGCUGAGCUGGCGCGUGCAGGAGCCAGGGGCGGCGCCGGCAAGGGCAGGAAGGGACCCGGAACUGCCAGCACUGGCACCAGCGGCGCCGCCGACGCAACCGCCAAGCGCUCCAAGCCUGCGUCCCAGGACUAUGUCCCAGUUGAGGCGCGCACCCCUCAGCUCUCUGCGCCCUGCCUGGCAGCGCUGUGCGGCGCCAUCGUGGAGGACGGCCUCGUGCAGCCCCCGCCUGCCGGCUGGGGCGCCUCCGCCGGGCCCAGCGCCCCCAGCGCGGGCGGGGGCGACGCCGAGACCACCCGGCUGCUGCGGAGCGACAAGUUCCGCGCGUUCGUGCUGUCAGCGGCCGCCAACAUGCUAGAGGCAACCCAGCGGGACGCGGCGGGCGCAGUGCUCCUGGAAGGUGGCGGCGGCGAGGGCGGAGGGGCGUGGCUGGUGCUAGGCGGGCCGCUGUUCAAGCUGGUGCAGUCAAUCCUGGGGGCAGCGGCCCCUGGCGGCAGGCACGUCGGUGGCGCUGGGCCGGGCGCCGCCGUCAAGGGCUCGAAGAGCAAGGGUGGCAAGGGCUCCAAAGCGGCUGGCGGAGCGGCGGCAACCAGCAGCGCAGCGAGCGGCGGGGCCGGGGCCGACGGUGCAGAUGGCGGCGGCGGGGACACCCUCGAGUGGCUGGCGGCCAGGGCGCUGCUGCAGGCUGUGUUGCUGGCUGACGCGACGCAGCAGCUGGUGCCGUUUGCGCAUGCCCUUGCACCGCCACCUCAGCAGCAGCAGCAGCAGCAGCAGCAGCAGCAGUUGGAAGAGGAGGAUGGGUUGGCCAUCCCGGGGUCGCGGGCGCAUGGUGCCGGCGGCGACGUCUCCGGGGUUGAGCCCAAGCAAGCCGGGGACGUGGCGAUGGUUGCAGCGCUGGCGCGGCUGCUGCCCCUGGUGCAGAGGGGGGUGGACAGCCUGAUGCAGGCCAGCUGCUUCAAGGCUGCCCACACGGUGGUGCAGGCGCUCGCGCUGCUCGGCAGGCGGCUGGCGGCAGCGGAGACCACGGCGCAGGCAGCGGCCACGGCGGCGGCAGGCGCGGCGGCUAAGCCUCGAGCUGGUCCGCAGCAGCAGCAGCAGCAGCAGCAGCAGCAGCAGCAGCAGCAGCAGCUGCAGCAGUGUGGAGAAGGUGGCGCAGGUGCCGAGGCAGCAGCAACAAAAGCGUUGGCCGCGCAGGGGCGGCAGGCGCUGCAGUCCCUUUCCGCGUGGGCACGCCAGGCGUGCCAGCAGCGCGCCCCAGAGGUGACCAACGUGCCCCUGAUCAAGGCCCUACUGGAGCUGGUGGUGCGGUGCAGCAGGUCCCAGGACGACCUGGUGGUGCUGAAGCAGGUGGCGGAUGACGUGCAGCGGGUGGUGGGCCACGCAGACAGCGAGACCCAGGCCACGCAGACCCAGGGCAGCUCGUUCCCAGUGCUGACCGCGGAGCGCACCGGCCAGCCCAGCGCCACCUUUGUCAUGGCCUACAUCGACGAGGCCCUGGCAGACGUGGACAGGGCCAUAGCCGGCAUAGCGCGCGGCGCAGACGGCGACAGCGGCGCGGCGGCGGGCGCACAGGCGCAGCUGCGCAUGCGUGCUGGGUUGUGCCGGCGGCUGGAGGGCCUGUCUGGCAUCCUGGGUGUGGCCGUCAACACAGUGCUGGGGAUGAACCAGAUCGUGGAGGCCAUGGUCAGGUCGCUCACCCGUAUCUACAAGACACUGCUGGCCGCCGCCAAGCUCCACACGCCCGCCAGGCCGGAGCGCGGCGCGGCGGGGACGGCCGGGGCCGGCAGCGGGCGGGGUGGUGGUGUUGCGACUGCGGCGGCGGCGGCGACGGUGACGGCUGACUUCCAGCGGCUGGUGAGCGCUGUGAACCGGGAGCUGACUCCCCCCAUGUACCAGUUCCUGUCAGACACCAAGACGGAGCCGGCCCAGGACUCCAAGCCCAGCACUGUCAACCGCGCCAAGCGUGACGCGCGCGCGGUGCCCAACCUGGUGUUUGCAGUGGAGGCCUGGGAGAGGCAGCUCGUGCUGGCAGGGCGCGCCGCCAAGGUUAACUUGAUGCGUGACGCCAAGCGCAGCACCAACCGUGACUUCAAGCUGCUCUUCACUGAGGCGGGGGGCGACGCUGGCAGGAGCAAGGGCGCCAAGCGCAAGGCCGACACGCAGCUGCCCGUGCCAAAGCCCCCUGCAGGGCGCACGCCGCCCGCAGGUUUGCAGCAGCAGCAGCAGCAGGGGUACGGCGGCGACGGGGAAGAGAACCUUGCCGGUGGCGAGUUUGGCGACGAGGUGGAGGAGGAGGAGGAGGGCCCUGACGCUGGCAGCGGUCGGGAUGCGAUGGACCAGGACCAGGGCUGA